AUGCCUCAGUUGUUUAUACAUGAAGAUUCUGAUGAUGAACAGUUGCAGUUGGAGCUUUCCAGGCAGGCAGAAGAGGCUGUAGAGUUGAACAAAGCACCCGACCAGGAUCAACCAGAGGAGAGCCCUAGUUUGGAGAAGACACCUAGCUUGGAGAAGACACCUGCUGAACCUUCACAACCAUUGUAUCCUUUGAUUCCAGAGGAGAAUUUGGAUGAUAAUGGGUUAAAGCCCAAUCUAGAUGAUAUCAGACAAGUUGAUAUUCAGUUGAAUCUACCGUUGACCUUCCAGCAACAAGUUGUUGAAAAUACACUAGUUACUGACGAUCCAUUGGUGAUUUUGGGGAAAGGUAUUGGAAUCAUUAGUAUCGUAGCCAACUUACUAUUUACAUUAGCUACACCCACAAGAAUUAAUGGACAACCAAAGAGGUCGUUUGUCAUUGUGAUGAAUGCUAGUCCAGGUGAUAACCUACGGAUAAGUGAAGAGUUACAAGAAUUAUCGUGGUUAUCAAGCUGUAGUGAGGAUAUUCAAGGUGAAGACAAUGACAUCGACGAGGAUUCACAGAGGCCAUUCCAUGUUAUCAAUGCAGAAUCUCAAAAUGCAGAUAAAAGACAAAAAUUGUACAAUUCCGGUGGAAUAUUCAGUGUUACUUCAAGGAUUCUCAUUGUCGAUCUACUUUCAGGUUUGUUACAUCCUAGUAGAAUUACUGGUAUAGUUGUCUUGAACGUGGAGAAAUUGAAAUCAUUCUCAAAUGAAUCCUUUAUCCUGGAAAUUUACAGAUCAAAGAAUAAAUGGGGGUUUAUAAAAGCAUUUUCAGAGUCACCAGAAUCGUUUGUAACCCAAUUCUCACCACUGAUGAGGAAGCUUAAGGAAUUAAGAUUGAAAAAUGUGACUCUUUGGCCUAGAUUUAGAGUAGAAAUUUCUCAAUGCUUAAACAAUGCAGUUAAUCCUCAGAUUAAUAAAGUUGUAGAAGUUAAAGUUUCACAGACGAAUUCUAUGUCUCAAAUUCAAUUUGGUCUUAUGGAAUGUUUAAAAAAGUGUAUUGCAGAGAUGAACAGGAAAAAUCCAGAGUUGGUGUUAGAGACUUGGAAUAUUGAAAAUGCAUUGGAUCCAACGUUUGUUAAAUCAAUUGAUGCCGUAAUGGUACCGAAUUGGCACCGCAUAUCUUAUGAAUCUAAGCAAUUGAUUAAAGAUAUCAGAUUUUUGAAAAAUUUACUCAAAUUGUUGGUUAGUGGAGAUGCUGUAGAUUUCUAUGAGGAGUUACAGUUGAGCCUUGACGCUAACAAACCUUCGAUCUCCAGAAAAUAUAGUGAAUCACCUUGGUUAAUGGCAGAUGAAUCACAAAUGGUCAUAUCGUAUGCCAAGAAAAGAAUAUACAGCGACGGUGAAUAUGUUUUAGAAGAGAUGCCCAAGUGGGAACAAUUGAUUAGUAUCAUGGAAGAUAUUUCUUAUCAAAGAGCUUAUAAGGACGUUUCAGGCCCUACGUUAAUAGUAUGCUCUAGUUACACAACUGCAUCACAAUUGGCAAGAGUGUUGAGUCAAGCCGAUAGGAAAGAUGGAUUUCGUAGAAGUAUGCUUCGCAAACUACAACUUUAUAAAGAACGACGUGAGGAGAGUAAGACAUUGGUUAAAGAAAUUAGAGAAAGGGAACCAGAUGCUAUGCCUGAACUUAAUGUGAGUGCCGCGUUUGCUAAGGAACAAGUAAUAACAAGACGAAGAAGAACACGAGGUGCUGCCGCCAUGGCUGCUGUAGAGCGUUUGAAAAAUGCAGGAACAGGUGAAGACAUUGAAAGUGUAAUUGAUGACUAUAAUAUUAAAGAAGAAUUAGAACCCGAGGGACUGUUAGAGAUGGCAGAUAAUGAAGCGACAGCGCCAACGACUGAGUAUGAGGAUGAAGAUGAUUUUGGAGAGAAACUUUUCCAUGAUAUGUCUCAUAAUGCUAUUACGAAGGAAAUAUGGGACCAAAGAACCCAAUAUUUCCAAUUUGUUCAUCGUGGUGAUCAAAUAAUCAUUGAAAUAUUCGCCAAUAUUACUGAUGACUCUUAUUUGCAAGAGAUUAUGCCUUCUAACAUCAUCAUGUAUGAACCAGACUUGACUUUUAUCAGAAGAGUAGAAAUACAUCGUGCUAUUCAUAGGGAAAUGCCACCUAAUGUUUGUUUCAUGUAUUACAGUAAUAGUGUAGAGGAACAGGGCCAUCUGGUAUCUAUUAGGAAGGAAAAAGAUGCAUUCACAAAGUUGAUUAGAGAAAAUUCAAUGUUAUCCCACCAUUUUGAAGCAGAUGAAGAUUUAUCUCAUUACAAGAAUUUGGCAGAGAGGAAAGUCAAACUUAAUAAGUUGAGGAGAAUUACUACAAGAGUCGCUGGUGGUCAAGCGGCACUUGCUGACUUCACUCAAGAUAUAGUCAUUGUCGAUACGCGUGAGUUCAACGCUGCAUUGCCGGGACUUCUUUACAGGUAUGGUGUGCGUGUAGUACCAUGCAUGUUGACUGUUGGUGACUAUGUUAUCACGCCUGAUAUUUGCAUAGAGAGAAAAUCGAUUGCGGAUUUAAUUGGAUCCAUACAAAACCGUAGAUUAGUUUCUCAAUGUAAAAAAAUGAGGAGCCAUUACAAGUAUCCAACCUUAUUAAUCGAGUUCGAGGAAGGCCAAUCAUUUUCCUUGGAGCCCUUUAGUGAAAGGCGUAACUAUAAAAGCAAGGAAUUAUCCACUGUACAUCCAAUCUCUAAUAAAUUAUCCCAAGAUGAGAUUCAGUCAGAAUUGGCCAAAUUAGUCAUGAGGUUUCCUGGUUUAAAAAUUAUUUGGUCAUCUUCCCCUUUACAAACUGUAAAUAUGAUUUUGGAACUAAAGAUUGGUAGAGAACAACCAGAUCCAAGUCAAUCGGUGGCAUUAGGUACCAGGAGAAAGCAAGAAAAAUCAGAAAAGAAGGCAGCAGCCAAGGAGAGCGAUCAAAAAAAAUAUGCGAGAUUGCUGCGUAUACCUGGAAUUUCGAAAGUGGAAUAUUUUAACAUUAGGAAGAAAGUUAAAAGCUAUGAAAAGCUGAAAUCGUUAUCAUCUCAAGAGCUUCACGAUUUGUUAGGUGAUGAAGAUUUAGUUGAUAAACUUUGUCGGUUUUUGCAGGCAGAAAAAGACGAUGAGGAGGAUGAAUUAGCAGAUAGCGAUAUCGAAUAG